AUGCGCACAUUUUUAUCAACUCAUCUUCAACUUGUCAGUGCUAUUCAGUUUAAAAAAAUGAAAAUAUUUUUCUAUACACUUGCUCUGUUGGCAUUGAGUGUGAAAAGCUUUAAAGUUUUGAACACAAAUUAUGGAAAAGUUCGAGGAAUCACUGAUUUUAGUGAUAAGAGGAAUCAUAAAUAUAUAUUCAAGGGCAUUCCAUUUGCUAAACCUCCUUUAGGAUUAUUAAGAUUUGCCCUUCCUGAAGAGCCAAACACAUGGAAUGGUGUUUUGGAUGGUUCGAAAUACAGCGCCGCAUGUUUGAGUAACUCGAGUCUAGCUUCUGCGCAACAAGAAAACAUCAGCGAAGACUGUCUAUACAUCAAUAUUUUUACAAGCGAGUACUGCCUGGCUCACAAAUGUCCAGUAUUAGUUUAUUAUCAUGGAGGAUCAUUCAAUUUAGACUCGGCAACAAUGUUUCCCGAUAAAUUCAUAUUGGAAAGAUACGUAGAUAGCGGAAUUGUUUUUGCGAUACCCGCUUAUCGCUUGGGAGUUUUUGGGCAAUUUUAUUUGGGUGAACAGGGAAUAGUACCAGCAAAUUUAUUAAUACACGAUUGCAUCAGAUCGUUAAACUUUGUACACGACAAUAUUGCUAGUUUUGGAGGUGACCCCAAUUACGUCACUCUUAUGGGCCAUUCAUCAGGAGGACAGCUGGUGAAUGCAAUGGGGUUCUCAAAUCAAAUAGACCCAGAAAAAAAGUUAUUUCAACAGUUUAUAGUGCUGAGCUCAAUUGGAAUGUAUGGAUUUGAAGAUCUCCAAAUCGGAAAUUCAUAUGAAAUUGCACGAAGGCAUAAUUGCACAUCUGAAAACAGCCAAGAAAUUGUUGACUGCAUGCGAAAUAUUGAUGCUUUACAACUAUUACAAACUCAAACGGUAAUGGACGACGUUGAUCUAUUAUUUUUCAAAGCAAUUAUUAGAGCUCCACCGUUAAUGGAUGUAAAACAAAAGCUAUCCGAGUUUAAAGAGAAUGUAACGGCAAGAAACAUGCUGUGUGGAGUUACCGAUAACGAAUUUACCAUAUUCAAGUAUCCGGAUGGGUAUUACAUUAGUGCGACUUUCUUAGAUUUUGAAAAUCCUGUGGACACUGUGAAUGUAUAUAGGAACAAGUUCACAAAUAUCACCCCAACAUUUGUGAACAGUGACUCUUCUGCUGUAUUUGUUUCCGCUGCAACAUAUUCUGAAGCUCUAACGAAUGCUGGAGGAAACGUGUACCUAUUUGAAUCUCGUCAAAAACCUUUCAGCAUGCAUGUGACGGAUAUGCAGUAUUUUAUCGGCAUUCAUCGGGAAAAAAACCAUACCACUGAUAUGGAUAUUUUAGAUUCAUUUUAUUCAAAACUGCUUGUCAAUUUUACAAAAUUUGGUUCACCGUCUCCAAACUGGGAAAAAUAUGACCCUUCUAAGAUGAAUUUCAUGGCUAUGGAGAUCGACACAGAGCAAGGAAUUGAGCCAAAAAUGGAAAACGGUUUUCAUGAAGAGUUGGUCAAUUUCUGGUUGAUUAACAUGAUGCAGAUUGAUAGAAAUAUUAUAGAAAUGAAAUUAAAUGGGGAGUAUAACUCGUUUGAUGGACGUGCCCAAUUAACUACUAAACAUAUUGGUGUUCCAACUUCAUUGCCAAUUAUUUAUGCUCCUGCUGUAUCGGAUCCUGAAAAUCUUGAACUAAUAUCUGUGUUGAAUCAAUGGUGGUUUUAUGUUUCUAUUUUAUUACUUUUUGUCAUAGUUAGUGUAUUAUUUAUUGUGUGUAAAAAAGCAGUUAAUGUUAAACGCCAACCUCUUCUUGUGUAAUACAUUUUCGUUUGUUAGUAUUUCCCUGGAUCAUAUUUAACAGUGACACGUGUGAUUUUUGUUGCAAAAAUAGACGUUGAACCGAAUGAAUCAAAUAAUGAUUAAGUUUUAAACAAGUAUGUAUCAAAUCUUGAUU